AUCUACUUCCGUGGCACUACGUAGAUAGACCCGGAAGUUGUUGUCUUUUGGGGCGCCUUUCUUCAAAACAGAACCGUCUGAGUGAGUGUCAGAGUUACAUCUUUUGAAGACUGAGUUAUUCCCAGAACCACAAUGCCUCUGUUAACCCAGUCACAAGCCGAUGAUGAAGAGUACAUUUUAGUAGCCAGCUUAGACAAUGCUCGAAAUUUGUCAAACAUCUUGAAAGCCAUCACCUUCAAAGACCAUGCCAUCUUCAGCGCCACACCAAACGGACUAAAGGUGACUGUGGAGGACUCCAAAUGUCUGCAAGCCAAUGCUUUCAUCCAGGCUGAGAUUUUCCAAGAGUUUACCAUAAAGGAAGAUCUGGUGGGUUUCCAGGUGAACCUCACAGUUCUGCUGGAUUGCCUCAAUAUCUUUGGGGGAAGCACAGUGCCAGGAGUAUCAACAGCACUGCGGAUGUGCUACAAGGGAUACGGUUACCCUCUGACCCUGUUCCUAGAGGAAGGUGGGGUUGUGACUGUGUGUAAGAUAAACACCCAAGAACCAGAGGAGCCAAUCGACUUUGAGUUCUGCAGCAGCAACGUUACAAACAAGGUGAUCCUGUUGUCAGAGAGUCUGAAAGAAGCCUUCUCUGAACUGGAUAUGACUAGUGAGGUGCUACAGAUCACCAUGUCCCCAAGCCAGCCAUACUUCAGGUUGUCUACCUUUGGGAACUCUGGAAAUGCCCAUUAUGAUUAUCCUAAAGACUCUGACAUGAUGGAGCUGUUUAAAUGCACUCAGACACAAACAAACAGGUACAAAAUGUCCCUGCUGAAGCCCUCCACCAAAGCACUUGCUCUGUCCUGUAAAGUCUCUGUGAGAACCGACAGCAGGGGCUUCCUCUCUCUGCAAUACCUAGUCAGGAAUGACGACGGACAGAUCUGCUUUGUGGAGUAUUAUUGUUGCCCUGACGAGGAGGUGGAGGAGGAGUGAUUUCAGACUGUUGAAUUCCUCUUUUAUGCAAGCAGCUUUACUCCAGUGAGCGCCUAGUUGCUCAGGAGGUAGUAGAGCCAGUGGGGACACACAUAGGAAUAAAUGCUGGACUGAGCAGGCAUAAAUGAACACAAUGAGAAAGGUUGUAAUGAUGAUCAUUCACUUAACAGUCCGACUAGUGUUGAGCAUUGCUUCUGGGUUUGGGCAAGGCAAAGUUACUUACCUGGUCUUAAGCAGCUGUGUGUGGACUGCUGUCAUACAGAGUUCAAUGUUUCAGACAUGGAAGCAGAUAAUAUGUACGGUUACUGUAGAAUGUAUUUGAGGUAGAGGACCCUGCUAACUUUACCCAAAAAAUUCUGGGUUUACAAAUCUGACUACAUUCCUGAUCUGAACUCAUGUUUCUGGGGUGUCCCCUACCUUUUGAAUUACACUUGUGUAGUUAGCUGAUUGACAGCCAAUAAAACUGUCAGACAUUAAAGACACACUGGCACUUGGGUAGACUGUGAUAGAAUGUGUACAGGACCUCAACUCUCAGCAGGCCUUUAGUUGUUCUACAUUCAUUGCCAUAAUCAUCCCUCAGAUUAAUGUUGACACCUCUGACAACUUUUGGGAGUGACAGCAAGAUCAAAAUACGCCCGGUGGCAUGCCACUAGCUGUGGAGUAGCAUGCCAUUCCAUGGCUAGUGGAAUGCUACCGGGCGUUUUUCGAUCUUAGCACUGCUGACUUUUGGAGUUGAUUGGUAGUACACAUCAGAUGACACUGACAGUUUGUUUGAAUUGUUUUAUUUCCAUGACAUAAAAAAAACCAACUGUAGUUACUCAAAAGCAAUAAACAAGUUUUCCUAACA